AUGUCGACCUCCAGCUCAAGUGAUUUUGAUGCUAAUGGUACUCCUCAGGUUGAAACAUCACCUUUGUUACGUUGGUUUCCUUCUUUAAAAUCUGCAAAGAAGGUCUCACCUUCCUCCGAGAAAUCCAUAAUUGAUGGUUUGAAGAAGUUGUAUCGUCAAAAGCUGGAAGUUACUUAUGGAUAUAAUGGCUUUGUAUCUCCACUAUUAACAAAUAAUGAUUUUGAUGCCAAACCCAUGGUUAUGGUAUUGGGAGCUCGUAUUGGAACUGAACCUACCACGGACAGUUUUGUGGCAGUUAUGUCUGGACCAGAUGAUAAAACUAUUCCAGGCAAUAAUAUUGCGGGUCAGCCAGACAUGCCAUUCUAUGGAAUAACAGCCUUUGGGAAAGAAUUUAUGUCAAAAUUCAAAUGUUCUCAAAUGUCGCAUCCUCUAAUAAAAGUUCAUGGAACCUUGUUGUGGUCAUUGGCGAGAGUCCUCAGUACUCCUGAAGCUAUCCGUGUCUAUACAUGCUCAUUCGAAGACAACCCAAUAGAUGAAAAUAUUGUUGGGCCACUUGGGAAAAAGAUGAUCGAGACGGACCAGUCUGACCUUCUCUCCGAUAUAAAAUAUAUACCUAAGAAGGUUUUUUAUCACAAAAUCAACGAAUUUGUGAAGCGCGCAAGAGCUGCAAAGAUAUAUGCUCACAUUAUUGGCCACCUUAAAAAGGAGAUGCCAUUCAUGAUAGGUUCAGAAGGAUUUUCACUUAGCUUCAGGUGUUUCCCAAAUGUAGAGCAGUUCAAGGAGGUUUUAAGGGGACGCAACUUUACCAAGUUCCCGAGGUUGAAGCCCAAGAUGAUCCAAGCUAUUGAUGACAUAGUCGCAUAUGAAAUCCCUAAUCUCUUGAAGAAAGCCAGAGACUCUUACGACUAA